CAGUUGCGACUGCGGAAAGUUAGAAUAUCUGAAAUAUACUCUCCAUUGCUCUAUAAAACUCUCUCACAAAAUACCCUCACGGGGUCACCUCAUAAACUCCCCUAAUCCUGACCUCCUCCGCCGCCGUUCAACCCACCCGCCAUGGACUCCCCAGCCAUCCUCCGCCAGCGGAAACGCUCCGACUAUCCAUACGUCCUCACAUACCGCACCCGCUGGAGCGAUAACGACAUGUAUGACCACCUCAACAACUCAAUCUACAACUUCCUCAUCGACUCAGUAAUCAACACCUACCUCUCCCAGCACUGCGGCCAAUCCCCCCGCACCUCCGCGCAAUACGGCCUCGUCGCCUCCUCGCACACCGACUUCCUCUCCUCGCUCGCCUUCCCCGCCGUCGCUGAGACGCGGCUGCGCGUCCACAAGCUCGGCCGGACGAGCGUCACGUACGAGGUUGGGGUUUGGGAGGAGGGCGUUGAGGGAAUCAAGGCGGUGGGGAGGGUGGUGCAUGUUUUUGUGGAGAGGGGGACGGGGAGGCCCGCGCGGGAUGGGAUGGGGACGGUGCUGAGGGGGGGGUUAGAGAAGUUGAGUUGGGGGGAGAGGGGGAAGUUGUGA